GGGGGCAGCAGCGCCGCCAGCAAGCGGUCCGCCGCCGCCAUGGGCUACACGCGCGACCGCUUCGCGCUCCGGAUGGCGCCCGCGGGAGGCCGCCGCGCCCCCGCCAUCCACCGGUGAGCGAGCCCGGAGCCUGGCUUCCCGCCGAGCGCGGGCAGAGUGCAGGCCUCUCCCGGCCGCGCGGAGGCCCCUGGGAGCUCCCAAGAAGCACUGGGGUAGAAUCCUGGCUCUGUAGAGCUGGAAGGGACCCGAGGGUCAUCUAGUCCAGCCCCCUAACAGACGGCCAUCUGCUUGAACCCCUUCAAGGAAGGUGGCUCCUCUCUAGAGAGCGGGCUGACCCCCGGAGGGUGAGGUGGGCGGGCGGAGUGCUGCUGGCUGAAGGAGCUCCGUCAGAAAACCAGCUGCUGAAGCUGCGUGUUAGCAAGGCCGUCCCCUUAACUCUUCUCAAGAUAUUGAGCCCAAACCUCUUGCUGUCGGUCCAGCUUGCAUGAAUGAAUUGUGCUGUGUGAAGAAGGUCUUCCUACUGCCCUGCAUCUCCCAGCUCCCACUCACCCGGUGGCCUCCUUGGGUUGCAGUUUUGUGAGAGAGGGAGAAGAGCUCUGCAGAGACAUCUUUCUCAUCGCCCCUCAGCCACCUUUUCCGUGGGUUAAAAAGCCCUCAUGGGGGACAGAUAAAGGAUCCCCACUUUGCCACCUGUUGACUGUGUGAAACAGAAACACCACAGUCACGAAACCUCUGCCAUUUGCUAGGAAGCUCCAGUGGGGAGAGGAGAGGGUUGCUCAGGGUCUCCUUGUGGGCUUCCUAGAUCCCGUGAGAACAGGAUGCAGGGUGGGUCUUCUUUGGCCUGAUCUGGAAGCCAAGCUCUUCUUGAUUAUUUUUUUGCAUAUGUUUAUAUUGUGCCAUUAAAAGACAGGAAAUGGCUUUUCCUUUUCCCAUCUGGAAAAGCAGCUGGAAGAGAAACCAAAAUGUGCCUGUUCUGGAACAAAAUAUAGCAUGCAUUGUCCAUGACCACAAACAGUUCAUACACAGCAGCCCUGAGGACAUCUUUCAUGAUAGCCCACCUCCAGCUGAGCUCUUCUGAAGUCUGUCAUGGGAUCUCAAGUAUAAAACUAGAGGUGAACUCCAUGUGCAUCUUCUGUGGCAUGUGGGCAGGAAACUGCCAGCACUAAUAAUAAAUAAUAAUAAAAAAUUUUAUUUAUAUCCCGCCCUCCCCAGCUGAAGCCGGGCUCAGGGCGGCUAACAAUAAUAAAACAGUACAACAGUACAACACAACACAACACUCUAAAAUCAUUCAUUAUAAAAUUAAUUCAAAUCAAACCAAUGGCAACCAUUGGGCCAGAGCUCCGCGAAGAUUGCCGAAGGAGGGAGUCAGGCUGUGCCCUGGCCAAAGGCCUGGUGGAACAGCUCUGUCUUGCAGGCCCUGCGGAAAGAUGUCAAGUCCCGCAGGGCCCUAGUCUCUUAUGACAGAGCGUUCCACCAGAUCAGAGCCACAGCCGAAAAAGCCCUGGCUCUAGUUGAGGCCAGCCUAACCUCUCUGUGGCCUGGGACCUUCAAGAUGUUUUUAUUUGAAGACCGUAAGUUUCUCUGUGGGACAUACCAGGAGAGGCGGUCCCGUAGGUACGAGGGGCCUAGGCCGUAUAGGGCUUUAAAGGUUAAAACCAGCACCUUAACCCUGAUCCUGUGCUCCGCCGGGAGACAGUGCAGCUGGUACAGCACCAGGUGAAUGUGAUCUCGCAGCGAGGACCCCGUAAGGAGUCUCGCCGCGGCAUUCUGCACCCGCUGGAGUUUCUGGGUCAGUCUCAAGGGCAGCCCCAAGUUGAGCAAGUUACAAUAAUCCAGUCUGGAGGUGACCUUCGCGUGGAUCACAGUGGCUAGGUCAGGGCGAGAGAGGUAAGGAGCCAACUGCUUAGCUUGGCGGAGCUACUUAGUUUAUUUACUUACAUGGCUUGCAUUCCACUCAAUUGUCAAUGUCUUGUGGGUGGGUAACAGUGACUGCUGUAUUCGCCGGUGGUGAAAGAAAUGUACCUGCAAAUCUCACAUAACCAUGUGAACAGCCCAUAUAUCUCCAGUGUGGCAGCUGCUGCUGUGUAGGACAUGCGGAUGGUUGUUCCUUCCUUAUUUGAAAUUUCUGUAUGCCGCCCUCCAUUACUUCCUGUGCUCUCUCUCAUAGGGGCUACUAUGUCCGGGCCCAGGCAGUGGAACACUGUGUCCGGGCAUUCCUGCUCAACACUCAGAGCUGCCCGCUGAGGCAGGUAAGCUGGGGCGGGCAGAGAGCAGCCGCCACCCCUUUUGCUGUGGAGGGUUUUGCUGUGUGGCGGGUGCUGAUGUUGCAAACUCCUUUCCCUGCAGAUCAUCUCCUUGGGCGCAGGCUUUGACUCCCUCUUCUUCUUCCUCAAGAGCGAGGGGCUUCUGUGCCACACAGUGGUCUUUGAAGUUGAUUUUCCAGACGUGGCAUGCCCUAAAGCAGCCCUCAUCAGAGGAACGGAGGAACUGAUUACCCUGGUGGAGAACAACGCUUCUGCACAGGCUCUGGGUAUGGCGGUUGUCAAUCUUGCCAGUCUGCACACACAGUGUGUCCCUGUUGGGUCUGAUCUGUGUUGGUCCUGUGACCUUUCCAAGGGGGACAUAGGGAGGCCCCCUGACUACAGGCGAUGUGCUUCAGACAGCCCAGGAGAAGGAGGUGGCAGGUGGUGGACGCUGGAUCCAGGCAGGGACAUUGUUAGCAGGGUUGCACACCAUCCAGACAGGGCAGCAGAGUCAGGGCUGAACAUGUGGUGGUUACUGGCAUUUUGGAGAGCCCAGUACUGGGCGCCUGAUGGCAGGUAUUCAGUGGCAGUUCUGGCAACAGAGAUAUGCGUGCUGAGCAGAGCAGAGUAGCCUGCUUAAUGUUCGCUUGAUGUGUGCAAAGCUGUUUUUCCUUCCUCACCUGCAAGGCUCAUCUCCCGGCAGCCUGGCACUGUUUUUGCCUGCCCCCCUUGUACGAGGAAGGGUCACAGUCACUUUGUGGAUGGCAGUGAGGAGCAUCUCUCUGUCUGGGCUCCAGGAGGUGAUGAAUGACAGCUCUGUGACUUCUUUUCCCAGGAGCGACUGCUUUCUCUGGAGAGGAUUACAGGCUGUUGGGAGUGGACCUCUCUGAGCUGCCGAGGCUGGAAGAAGCCUUGCACAGGGCAGGACUGGACCCCAAAGUCCCCACAAUGCUCCUGGCUGAAGUGGUGCUCACCUACAUGGAGGUGGAGAGGUUUGUGGAAUGCACUUUCCCUCCUGGGUCUCCUUAGCUGCCUGAGGGGCAACAGGCUGUUGUCCUGACAUAACAUUCAUAACAGCAAAUGGUUAUGUGCGCUCUGAGGGAACGUUGCUUGGCAAAUGUUACUCAAUGUACCGUAUUUUUUGUCCUAUAGGAUGAACUUUUUCCCCUCCAAAAAUGAAGGGGAAAUGUGUGUGCAUCCUAUGGGGCGAAUGCAGGCUUUCGCUGAAGCCUGGAGAGGGAGAGGGGUCGGUGCGCACCAACCCCUCUCGCUCUCCAGACUUCGCGCAGCUCUCCGCAAGCCGGGGGAGAUCGGCGCGACUUCCCGCCGGGUUCCCUAGGCUUGCGGAUAGCAGCCUGUUCUGGGGGCUGGGGCUUCCCCCAGCCCCGCGCCUGGGGGGGAAAUAAUUUUUUUUUCUUUAUUUCCCCCCCCCCAAAAAAAACUAGGUGUGCCCUAUGGGGCGAAAAAUAUGGUAAUCAAGUGUGAAGUGAUGCAUGUGAAUGUUUAUGCUGUCUGAGCAAAUUACAUGCUUAGGAUUCUUAGGAAUGAUUAAUGGACUUCAAUGUCUGUACACUAAUGCGCAAAGCAUGGGAAAUAAACAAGAUGAGCUUGAGCUCUUGGUACAGCAAACUAAAUAUGACAUAAUAGGCAUCACUGAAACCUGGUGGGAUAAGUCCCAUGAUUGGAAUGUAAUAAUGGAGGGAUACAAUCUAUUUCAGAGAAACAGACCAGACAAGAAAGGAGGAGGAGUGGCGUUAUAUGUCAGGGAUGUGUAUACCUGUGAAGAGAUCCAAGAUUUAGAACCUCAAAGCCAAAGUGGGAGCAUUUGGGUCAAAAUCAAGGAAGAGAAGAAUAACAGUGACCUCAUUGUGGGAGUUUACUAUAGAUCCCCAAGCCAAACGGAGGACAUAGAUGUUGCCUUCCUGGAACAGAUGGCCAAGCAUGCAAAAGGAAGGGAGAUAGUAGUAAUGGGGGACUUCAGUUACCCGGAUAUUUGUUGCAUGUCAAACUCAGCCAAGAGCAUAAGGUCAAACAGAUUCCUCACUGGCCUUGCAGACAACUUCAUUGUCCAGAAAGUGGGAGAAGCAACAAGAGGAACAGCCAUUUUAGAUCUGGUCCUAACCAAUGUUGAUGACCUGGUUAGUGGGGUAGAAGUGGAAGGAUCAUUAGGCGCGAGUGAUCAUGCUCUUCUGAAGUUUACUAUACAGCGGAAAGGAGCAGCCAAGCAUACUAGGACUCAAUUUCUUGACUUUAAGAAAGCCGACUUCAUAAAACUUAGGGAAGUGCUGGGUGAGAUCCCAUGGACAGUAAUACUAAAAGGAAAGGGAGUUCAUGAUGGCUGGGAGUUUGUUAAGAGGGAGAUAGUAAAAGCACAACUUCAGGCAAUACCAAUGAGACGGAAACAUGGAAGGUGCCUAAAGAAGCCAGGGUGGCAAUCUAAAGAACUUUUAACUGAGUUAAGAUUAAAAAGGAUGUGUACAAAAAAUGGAAAAGGGGGGAAACCACCAAAGAGGAAUUCAAACAAAUAGCCAGCACGUGUAGACACAAAGUCAGAAAAGCUAAAGCACAGAAUGAACUCAGGCUUGCUAGAGAGGUUAAAAGCAACAAAAAAGGCUUUUAUGGGUAUGUUCGUAGCAAAAGGAAGAACAAAGAAACAGUGGGGUCACUCAGAGGAGAAGAUGGUGAAAUGCAAACAGGGGACACAGAAAGGGCUGAACUCCUCAAUGCCGCCUUUGCCUCAGUCUUCUCCGAUAAAGAAAACAAUGCCCGACCUGAAGAAUUUGGAGCAAAUGAUUCAGCAGAGGAAACACAGCCCAGAAUAACUAAGGAGAUAGUACAAGAAUACUUGGCUAGUUUAGAUGUAUUCAAGUCUCCAGGGCCAGAUGAACUGCAUCCAAGAGUGUUAAAAGAACUGGCAGAUGUGAUCUCAGAACCAGUGGCAGUCAUCUUUGAGAAUUCCUGGAGAACAGGCGAAGUCCCGGCAGACUGGAGGAGGGCAAAUGUUGUCCCUAUUUUCAAAAAGGGGAAAAGAGAGGACCCAAAUAAUUACCGCCUUGUCAGUCUGACAUCAAUACCAGGGAAGAUUCUGGAGCAGAUCAUUAAGCAAACAGUCAGCAUGGAUUUCUGAAAAAUAAGUCAUGUCAGACUAACCUGAUCUCGUUUUUUGACAGAAUUACAAGCCUGGUAGAUGAAGGGAACGCAGUGGAUGUAGCCUACCUUGAUUUCAGCAAGGCAUUUGACAAGGUGCCCCAUGAUAUUCUUGUAAAGAAGCUGGUAAAAUGCGGUCUUGACUAUGCUACCACUCAGUGGAUUUGUAACUGGCUGACUGACCGAACCCAAAGGGUGCUCAUCAAGGGUUCCUCUUCAUCCUGGAGAAGAGUGACUAGUGGGGUGCCACAGGGUUCUGUCUUGGGCCCAGUCUUAUUCAACAUCUUUAUCAAUGACUUGGAUGAUGGACUCAAGGGCAUCCUGAUCAAAUUUGCAGAUGACACCAAACUGGGAGGGGUGGCUAACACCCCAGAGGACAGGAUCACACUUCAAAACGACCUUGACAGAUUAGAGAACUGGGCAAAAACAAACAAGAUGAAUUUGAACAGGGAGAAAUGUAAAGUAUUGCACUUGGGCAAAAAAAAUGAGAGGCAUAAAUACAAGAUGGGGGACACCUGGCUUGAGAGCAGUACAUGUGAAAAGGAUCUAGGAGUCUUGGUUGACCACAAACUUGACAUGAGCCAACAGUGUGACGCGGCAGCUAAAAACGCCAAUGCAAUUCUGGGCUGCAUCAAUAGGAGUAUAGCAUCUAGAUCAAGGGAAGUAAUAGUGCCACUGUAUUCUGCUCUGGUCAGACCUCACCUGCAGUACUGUGUCCAGUUCUGGGCACCACAGUUCAAGAAGGACACUGACAAACUGGAACGUGUCCAGAGGAGGGCAACCAAAAUGGUCAAAGGCCUGGAAACGAUGCCUUAUGAGGAAUGGCUAAGGGAGCUGGGCAUGUUUAGCCUGGAGAAGAGGAGGUUAAGGGGUGAUAUGAUAGCCAUGUUCAAAUAUAUAAAGGGAUGUCACAUAGAGGAGGGAGAAAGGUUGUUUUCUGCUGCUCCAGAGAAGCGGACACGGAGCAAUGGAUCCAAACUACAAGAAAGAAGAUUCCACCUAAACGUUAGGAAGAACUUCCUGACAGUAAGAGCUGUUCGACAGUGGAAUUUGCUGCCAAGGAGUGUGGUGGAGUCUCCUUCUUUGGAGGUCUUUAAGCAGAGGCUUGACAACCAUAUGUCAGGAGUGCUCUGAUGGUGUUUCCUGCUUGGCAGGGGGUUGGACCUGAUGGCCCUUGUGGUCUCUUCCAACUCUAUGAUUCUAUGAUUCUAGGAAAGGAAUUCAAAAUAAAGGUACCUGUAUCAUAACAGUGUUCUUCAAAUCUGUGGUGAAAUACAGUACAAUCGGUUGAAAGCUGGCUGGUUGAAAUCAAACAAAUGCACAGAAGGUGGAGAGCUCAAAAGAUCUUUUUGCGUGGCAUUUUCCUGGGGCAGAAGGAGCUUUUGAGCUUUCCGCCUUGCUUACUGUGCUGUGGGAAACUCUGAUGAGAUUUUUUGGGAUCUCCUGCUGAGAUCGAUCCAGAGUAUUCCAGUGUCCACACGCUGACUGGGGCUCUGCAAGGGGGCAGUUCCAAGGGGGAGAUGGGAAUAUAUGCAGCAUCCCUGGAAUGGAAACCCCAUGCAAGAUGCGAUCAAACUGUACUGUGUACAAUUCUGGUCACCCCACCCCAAAAAGUUGUAAAGCUGAAAAGAUAUAGAAAGGGGCAACCAGGAGGAUAAAGCAGGAGUAAUGCCCCUAUGAGAAAAGGCUGCAGCAUUUGGGACUUUUUAGUAAAAGGCGAGGAAAAGGCAACAGAAUAGAUGCUCAUAAAAUGAUGCCUGGCAUGGAGAAAGUGGGUGGAGAAAAGGUUUUGUCCCUCCCCCAUAACACCCUGGAGGAAUAUCCAUGGAGGGAACCGCAGGAGGGGAGAGAGCUGCUGUUGUGCUUGAAUCCUGCUUACAGGUUUCCCAUAUUGGUGUUCAGGUGGCUACAAUGAGGACUGGAUGCUGGACUAAUUGGGCCAUUGGCCUGAUCUAGCAGGCUUUUAUUUUACAGUGGUACCUCGGGUUAAGAGCUUAAUUCGAUCUGGAGGUCCGUUCUUAACCUGAAACUGUUCUUAAUCUGAAGCAUCACUUUAGCUAAUGGGGCCUUCUGCUGCCACUGCGUGAUUUCUGUUCUCACCCUGAAGCAAAGUUCUUAACCCGAGGGACUAUUUAUGAGUUAGCGGAGUCUGUAACCUGAAGCGUAUGUAACCCGAGAUACCGCUGUAUUCUUAAAUUCUUAAUUUAGGUUGCCAAAUACACAAGUUGGCCUUAGCACUUCUGCUUAUUAGCCUUUAAUUAACUUUAUUUAAAUAAAGUUAACUUUAUUUAAACUUUACUUAAAAUGUGUUUAAAGGUGCAUUUUAAUUGUUACAGGAGGACAUGUCCUUGUGCUCCCUUCCAGCCCUAGGAGAGGAGGGCAUUCAUCUACCCGCCCUGCCUACUGUCCACACAGACCUUGGGGGCUGUGGGGCGCACCUUUGGUCUCCUCUGGUAGCAGACAGAGGCUGGAGCUAGGCUAGGUUGCUCUUCACUGCUAGACUUCACCCUCCCCUCCCUUGGUGCCUUCCAGGUCAGAUGCCCUGGUCCGGUGGGCUGCUGGACACUUACUGCAUGCGUGGUUCAUCCUGUAUGAACAAAUCCAUCCCGAAGACCCCUUUGGGCACGUCAUGCAGAAUCACUUCAGCCGGCUCAACUCCCACCUUCGUUCCCUGGCCCAGUACCCCAACUGUAAGGCCCAGCGGACCCGAUUCCUUCAGAGGGUGAGUGCACGGGACUCAAGCGAGAUGGAGGCAGGAAAGAGGGAGGUCCUGUCUUUGGCAGAGGGUGGGGGCAGCUGAAGAAAGUGGCCUGUGGGAGCUGCUGCUGCUGCUCAGGGCUGAGCGCUGCUCUCAGUGCUCUGCCUUUCUUUCCAGGGCUGGACAGAAUGCAGCAUCGUCAACAUGAAUGAGUUCUACAGCCACGUUGUCCUUGGAGAGGAACGGCAGAGGAUCCAAGCCCUGGAGCCUUUUGAUGAGUUUGAGGUAACUGGCCAGGACAGAGGCCCAGAGCCAGGUGCUUCUCUCUGGGCUGCAGUGGGGCAUGGGCUUCAGCAGGUGCCUGAGAGUUCCAGGAAAGGGCCAGACUGGUGGUCUUCAGAGCUGCGUGAAGUGGAAUGGCCUGCCCAGAGCUUUGCCAGGGCUGGCUGGCCUUAUUCCAGGGGUGGGAGGUGCCCAGGGAGCCUCUGAUGGCCAGCUGGUGCCAGAACCAUCAAGCACUUCCAGAAGAGCAUGGAGAAAUCUGCCUAGAAGUGCCUCUCUGUCCCCAGGAUCCAAAGAGGCAAAAACACCUGGGAACCUGCUGGCCAAGGUCUUAAGAACCCUAAGGAGAAGCUGCUGGAUCGUCUCUUCUAGCCGCCUGUUCUCAUAGCCUGUGGGAAACCAAGGAGUGAACAAGCAGCAGCGAGCCCCCUCCCCUCCCGUGCCCACCCUGGCAGCUCCUCUCAGCAGGGUCCUCCCCCCCUUUUUAAACUACAACCCCCCCACCUGUCCUUUCUGGAGACUUCUGUUGUGGUCACUUCCUGGGCCCAAAGGACUCCAAGUGGGUCAAGCCGGCUGCUGUGUCUGCUCUGUGAAAGGGGCGUAGGCUUCUUCUUCUUUUUUUAGAUGAUAUUUAUUGAGAAUUUUAAAAUUACAAAGAAAAAGAAGGAAAAAAAAAAGAGAAAGAGAAAAAGAAAGAAAAAGCUAAAUAGAAAUAACAAUUAAACAAUACAAAUCAAUAAAAGCCAAAGAAAAAAAGAAAAAACAAAACACACAAUACAUCAAAAUCAAAUAGCAAAAAUAAACAAAAAAUUUAAGAACAAAUCCAAUAUUCCCAAAUCCUUAACUUUCAUUAACUUAUUUCAUCGACCUCCUCGCACCUCCCUUUUUUGUAUUCUAGUUGUUAAUUAUCUCAGCAAAUCCUUUCCAUCUUUCACAAUAUUCUGUCAUUUAAUUACCUUAAUCUAUUUUACCUUAUCUUACCAUAAAAAACCUUAAAACGUAAAGCUUAAAUCUUAUUUAUACCAAAUUCUUUUAACCAUAACAUAUUCUUACAUAAUUCUUACAUAAUUCUUUUUAACGUUUCUGCUAAAGCCAAAUAAUUUCAUUCCAACAUUUUUCUAAUACUCAUUAAUUUUACGAUACUUUUCCAAAUAAAUUUUUAUAACUUUCUUCCAAUCUUCAUCCAUCGUCUCUUCUUCCCGGUCUCGGGUUUUGUCAGUCCUUUCUAUCCCAUUCAUCUGGUCCAUCAACCUGAUGAUCUUAUAUCCGAGGCUCUUUAGUCUUUUCCAUGUCCCUUCCGCAGGUCUUCUUCAUAUUUAUACCUGCACUUUACUUUGUCUUCUGCUGAUCUUAUUCUUAAUUUCCUUCCUUUCACUCGGGGAGACUCCAACUUGACAAUAUCUUUGUCCCUUCUCAACAAGUCAGCCCCUUUUCCAUAAUCAACACUGAAAUCCAUGUGAUAUUUAGAGGCAUGUUUCAAAGUCCCUCCAAAGUUAAGGGCUCCCACAUCUCUGAACUCCUCCCGGCCCAAAGCCAGACUCGAAAUGUCAAAACAUCCCUGCAUAGGGGGAUCCAUCCAGCCCCCCAUCUCCAGACCAAACAGAACUGCAUCUCUCCAAAUCUGACUUUUUCCAGAUUCAUUCGUCAAAUCCAACAACUCAUGUUCCUGCUGGGCCGCAGCUCUCUCCAUAACUGUUACUUGAGACUCAGCAACAACCUCCUCCUUUAUCUGAUCUGUCAAAGCACAUUCCUGGGUUAAUUCCUGAGUGGGUUCUAUAUAGGUACCCACUGCCUGUCCAAAAUUUCCAAUCGCAACAGUCAUCAAAUCCACCUUCUCAUGUAACUGUUCCAAUAAAGCACUUGUCUUGCAAAAAGCAAGCACCAAAGCCUCCUCUAAGCACAUUCUUGUUCAAGGUCGAAGUCUGGUCCCACGAUCUUUAAUCUCUACAGCUGCAAAGCUCCCCAGUUCGGCUCUAAUAACAGUUUCACAAGCUCCCUCUAGGGGAAACAAUUUCUAUUUGUAUUCAUCUUUUUUCCCUUUUUUUUUAUAAGCAGAUCUAGCAACAAAAUUUUCCUUUUUCGGAUAUUUUGUUCCUUUUAAAUGCGAAAGGGAACAAUGGAAUCAAUAUGUUUCUCUUCUUUUAGCUAUCUGUCAAAAACAUUUGUCCAUAGUCAAUGAACUUCCUCAAAAUGUCUGUCCUGACACCCCGCUCCCAGGUUCAAGACAGUGGAAAUUUACCUUUCUUUACUCUCUCUUCUGCAGGUUUAAACAGGUUCCCCCCUCUUCUCCUGCUUCCAAGGGGGGGGUUCAAUAAUUUUAAAUGAUGAAAAUUUAAUCCUUUACAAACGACUUUCCAGACUCUAGCUUACGAUGUCUUUGCUUCAAACUGUUUACAAAAGCGGAAGGCGGACUUCCUGUUUAGACCUUCCCGCUCCGGUGCCAAAUUACGAAGUUUAAUAAUUCAAUUUUCCGUUCUACUCACGGGUACUUGUUUAGAGUCCAGUUGUCCACAGGAAAAAAGUCAGCGCUCUCCGACAACAGCAAUGCGGCUUCACUCCGUGAAAAGAGCAGUCGAUUCGAAGCACCGCGCCGCUCACCCCACGUUGCUCCGGAUCCCCGUAGCCGGGUUUCCCCGCGAGUAGGGGAGGCGCUAAAGGUGCCAGCCGAAUCCCAGGUCCACAGGCUUCUCCCGCCUGUGGUUUUUGAUGGGUCUCCGCCUCGCUGUGGCGGUCCAGACCCUAAUUUUCACGGAGCGGGUUCCUCCAGAUCAGAGGAAGCCCGCCAUUGCCGGUGGCGCUAACCCGGAAGCAGCUCUUGGAGCAGCUCUGUGUGAGUCCUUUGGGAAGAACCUCCCACUUGGGACCUUGCAGGUCUCUGCCUUUCCAGCAGCUCCUUGCUGCGGGGCUGGAUUUUAGGGUGCUGUACAAAUGUCGAGUGGGCUGUGGAAGUGGGUAGCUUUUUCAUUAAAUUAUCUCAGUGUUUGACAGAGUUCCUUGUGGCACUUUGCUUGGCGAACGGUUUGUACUGGACGAACGGUUUGCUUGGCGAACGGGCUGGACAAUAAUAUCAGGUGGACUCACAGAGGAAGGUUUGAGUGGGAAACAGAAGCUGGACAAGGCAAGUGAUUCCGCUUCCUGCUCUUUCUGUGCAGGAAUGGCACCUGAAGUGCUCCCACUAUUUCAUCCUUGUGGCCUCCAAAGGAGAGACACCAUCUCCAAAUCUUCUGUUUCCUGGCCUGGAAGGUAAAAACACAGCAGCCCUUUUGUGGGUGGCGGGUGGGGUUGGAGCCAGGACAUUUUGCCACUAGAGGCAAAGCAGAAAAUGUCAGCCGUGCCACUGCCAUGCACCUGCCCAGUGGCGCUGGGUGGGCAUGAGGCGGGUGCACAGAGGGGAUGUUGCCCUCAUUCUCCACCCCACCCCCCCGUGUUUUGGCAGGGUAUCGCCCUCUUUCCUCAGCUUCUUGGGAGGGGGCUGGGCUGGGCAACUGAUUCAGACUGGAGCAGCAGCAGCCUAGCAGGGUCAGAGGCCCUUGGGUCCUGCGGCCGGCCGGCCACUUUCUAUCCAGGUGAAGGCGGCCUAGGUGUGUUGGGCUUACCAGAAGCCCAGGAGGCCAAGACACAUCCCUGGAUGCCAGUCUCCAGGAAGAAGAAGCCGGGGUGGGUGGCGGGGUGCUGAUGUUCAGAAAGUGCAGUCUUGAGAGGAGAAUGGAGCUGGGGAGGAAGGCAAAGGAGAAGCGUGUUGGGGCAUUGGCUGACUUCAACCAGCCUGGCACUGGAGAGGUAGCUGCCUGUUUGGACCCUGGCAAGAAGAGGCAGGAUGAGAGUCCCUCAGGGCAUGCAGUCAACCUAGGGAGAGACUCUAGUGCUGCCAAAACACUUCAGGGGCAGGAGGUUCAGAGCUGUCGGGAGAGUUGCCCUGAAAAACCAGGGGACUUGGCCGUGGUGGUGCAUUGGGGCCUGGGGCCUGUGGGAUUCCCUCCUGGGCAGAGGUGAGGCCACGUGGACUUGGGCUGGGGUGACUUAGAAGUGUGCAGCCCUUGUGCCGUGGGCUUCCUCCUGUUGUGGUGCCUCUGCUGCCAGUGACACCUCCUGCCCCCACCCCUGUUUCUCCCCUUCAGCCUCCCUGACUCACUCUCUGCCAUGUUUUGCUGGGACUCUUGCUGCAUCUGCUUGUGCCCCUGUCUCUGGGCUGAGGCGCUAUGGCCACCGCUCUGUGGUCAUUGCCCCUGACGUGAUCCUGACCACUGGAGGUUUUGGGGACCACGGGGGACGUCACUGCCGCCUGACAGAGCUGCAUGCCUUGAUCAAGCAGAAGGAUGCCUGGCAAGGGAGCAGUGUGACCUUGGCCGAGCCAGGAGAAGCCUGGGGUGAGUUGGCAGAGGCUCUCUCUGCAUCUGUGGCUGCGUGCCGCCUCCUCUGUGGCUUGCCCAGCCUCCCUUGGGGACAGCAAUCUGAGCUCCGUUGCCUCUUCUUCCUCCGCAGACGGCCGGCUCUUCCACUCCUUGACUCUUCUGCAGGCAGGCUGGGCCGUGGUGUUUGGGGGGCGUCGGUCCCCGGUGAGGCCUGCUCUGGAGGUGCAUUGCCUGAGAGUGUUGGAGUCUGCCAGCGCCUCCGCCUCUGGCACUUUUCGUGUGGAGCUGACUCGGCUGCUGCCCGUCGAGGACCUGCCUUUGCCCCGCUGGAGACACACGGCAACCAAAGUUGUGCAUCAAGGUGGGUGGGAGGCUCUCUCUGGGCUGCAGCAAGGCAGGCUGGCUGGCAGGCCGGAGGCAGUCUGGGGUGGAGAGUAGCCCAAAGGGGCUGCAUCUCUUUCCAUCUCCUGGAUACCUGUCAGGAAGCCCCUUGCUGCUCUCUACUCCCCGGAGGCUCCAGAUACAGUUGAGGGAGGAAGGGCAAGGGAGGAGUUCUGUGGUGGGAUUUCCCACCAGCCCCUUGCCAAUUGUCUUAAAGCCCAGAACAAGUUGUGCUAGUUGGCGGACCUCCUCUAAAGCACUGGUGGAGCAGGGCCAGCAGCCCUUGGAAGAGGCAGUUUAAGAUUCCCAUGGGAAACUCGGGGCAGCCUCCCUCCCUCCCUUCAGCAGGGCCUUAAUAGUUUUCCUGCACCUUAGGAGAUCCCAGGGAGGGGGCAGGACUCCACUCUGACCUCCUGCUCUUUUCCAGGUGAGGCGUACCUGUUUGUCUAUGGGGGCUGUUGCUCCAGGCAGGCUGUGCUGGCAGAUUGGUGCUUCCUGCGCCUGAAGGAGGAGGGGGAGCUCUCCUGCAAGCAGGUACGAGGCAGGCAGAGCCCUCCUGUGCUCCUGGCUGGAGCCUGCAUUCAUCGGUCCCCGUUCGAGUGACCCUGUCAACUGCUUCAGUGGUGUUGGUCCCGUGGGUGGAGUUAGAGAAAAGAGACUUUCCCAAACCUCAGUCUCAUUCCCAUAAUUGUUUGCAAAUCAGAACCGGAAGAAGUUUGGGUGCUGUGAUGCUUUCCAUGCAAGCAACCUUCAAAGUUUGCUUCUUUGCUUCAUUUUUAUCGUGCCUUUCAAGGUGUUUUGGGGAGUGCACAUGUCAUCUUCACAACAACUCUGUGAGGCAGGCUAGGCUGACAAAUGGUGGCUGACCUGAGGUCACUCAGCAGGAGCCAUAGCUGACUGGGUUUCCCUCAGCCUUUUAGUCUGACCCUCUAACUAUCCAAACACAACCUUGGCUUGAAACUGGAGAGUCUGGGACCCCACCCCCCAGCCUGUGCCUCCUCUUUUGCCACUGAGAAGGCCUCUCCCCAUGUGUCCCCCUUUGGCUCCCAGUCCAGCAGCCCCUUCUCUUUACACAUGUCCCCAACCAGAUGGGGAAACAGGCUGCCCCUUCCACGCCUGCCACCCGCUGACCUGAAGGAUGCAGUCUGCUCCAUCUGAGAAGGCUUACUGGGUCUGGGCAAGAUCUGCAGCUUGCAAAGGACUUACACAUCUUCUAGAAAUGAGGGAGUCUUGUGAGCAGGAGGUGUGAGUGCUGACAAAGCAACUCAUGCCUUUAUGGAAUACGGCUGAAGUCGGAGAUUUUGGGAAAGCCCUCUUCUCUUGGCACCUGCUCCCUGGUGGCUCUUGGCUGCUGCACCAGAACAGCCUUUUCAUGCUUCUGGGGGUGGGAGGUGCAGGGGGCUUGCUUGGUGUGUGUGGGGAGAAGCAUAUACUCAUGAGUCCCUGUCCUUUGGGGAAAGGGUGCUGCCGGCUCACUCCUUCCCUUCUGCUCCUUGGCCUUAGAUCCCUGUGGAUGGACCUGUCCCAGCUGGCCGCCACUCCCACAGCGCCUGUGGCUGGGCAGGUGGGGUGCUCAUUGCAGGGGGCCUGGACGCAGCAGAGCAGCCUCUGGGGACCAUCCUCUUUCUGAGGCCCGCUGGGAAAGGCUUUCAGUGGCACUCAGUGGAGACCCACCCGCCAGUCACUCCCAGGUAAGCUCCCUCCCUCCCUCCCUCCCUGGAGCAUCUCUGCAUUAGGCAGGUGGCAGCUGCAGGUCCCAUGGGUGGGUGGGCUUGUCCCCUUCUCGGGCAAAUACCCAAAGGCCAGAGCCAAGCUGUGGUGCUGUGAGGUUGUGGCACAGCCCUCCCCGCAGAGGCUUCUGGUCAGGUCUCCUGCUCUGCCCUGGCCCCAAAGGCCCCCAAACCUCCAACAGACUUUGCCCCCAUCUGGCAUUUUGAGCCACCUGUGCUCAGAAGUACAUCCCACUGAGUUGACUGAGUCUAGCAAAAGGGAACUCCUGUUACCAGGGUGCCGUGAUUGGUCAGAUGGAGCAAAGUGGCGCUGGCAGCAGAUGUCGUUACUUGAGAAUUGCAAGGCACAGACUUGUAGCUAUCAGUGAAAUCAAAGUUAUUUUAUAAAAUCAAAAUGCACGUGGAAGGACGCUCAAGUCGGGCUCAAGAGGCUCCCAUCGAAAUCUAGCCUUGAAAUCCUGCCUCUUCAGGAUUGGCAGCAAAGGCUCUUGGGCUGCUUCUCAGACAAAAGAGCAGGCCAACUUGGAUGUCCUAGUUCCGGUGGCUGAAGGAGCCAUGGGGUCUGUGGUCAAGGGGCAGGCAGAGAAAUCCUUGGAGGGAGCGACCCACUUGCACCUCGGUUGCUGCUGGUUGGAGUGUGGGGGGCUUUGGCUCUAGGAAGAUGGAGGUGGCCUGGCACUGUUUCCUCCGCUCAAGCGAGGGCUGCCGCUGCUGCCCCCCUCCCUUCCCUCCGUCCAGGUACUCACACACAGCCCAUGUGCAUCGGGGGCGGCUGUUGCUGGUGGGCGGCGUCUGGUUCCAUGCCCCGGCUGUGCCUGGCGUCACUGUGAUAGAUCUGGCAACGGGACUCACGGCAGAGUAUUGCAUUGACACGGUGAGUUGCUGGUGUGGGAGAUAUGCCUUUUCUAUAGCUGCCUCCAGGUUCACUUACCUGCUUGCCCUAAGCAUACCUUGAAGCAGGAUCCCACCCUUAUGCCUUACUGAGAGUCACACUAUUGGUCCGUCUAGCUCAUUGCUGUACGCACUGCCUUUUCCAGGCUGCAGGAUUGGAACGGGAAGUGCAGGUGAACAGGCAAGCAAGGAUCCUGUUUCAGCUGAAGGUGCUUAGGCUGAGCUAUUGGAGGGCUGGAGAAAUGGGAGGCUGUGCCAAAGACUUGGUGGGAUCCAUGGGCUUUUGCAGAGGAAUGAGAGGGAGCCUCAUGCGGGCAUCCCUGGAAGGCAGUUCCAAGCACAGGAGACAGGCAGGGAGAACGGGGUGGAGUCUUCUGGGGAGCAGGAGGGCUGAGGGGUUGGCAGCACAGGAGCAAAGGUCACUGGCAGAGAUGUACCAAAAUCUAUGAGUGGAGAGAGAAGCUGGGGCAAAGCCACAGUGGGGUGUGAAGAGGAGGACAAGGAGUUUGUGCUGAAUCCAGGGCAGAGCAGGAGGGCUUUAAGGAGGGGAGGCAUAGCAGGGGGUGGACUGGGUGACCCUUUGGGUCCCUUCCAAGUGUCUGAUUCCAAAAGAGGGGGGGAUGUUGGCAUCCACGUGCUGAUGGACACGAGGAGACCAAGACUAGAGGUGGGAAUGUGCCUGGGGUCAUCUAGGCAAGGGCCAUUGAAGUAGGGAAGAGUUGUGUCCUUGCAAGGGCUGGCAUUGCUCAUGCCAGAUGCUUUUGGCUUCUCUCUUCCUCUCCCCCCACCAGCAAAGCAGGGGCUGGCUACCCGCCUCCCCACAAUCUCCUUCCCCAGAGUGGGGGGUGAGUGAGGCAGGAGGAGCCCCUGUGUGCGUCUGUUGGCUGCCACCUCUGGCCCCCUUUGCCAGCCUGACUCCUGAUGCCAUCCUCGCCCCUCUUCUCUACCAGGCCUCUCUGGAGUGGCCUCUGAUGUUGCACAACCACAGCAGCGUCUUCCUGCCAGAUGAAGAGGAGCUGCUGCUUCUUGGCGGUGGCGGCAACUGCUUCUCCUUUGGGACACAUCUGAACUGCCAUCCUGUCCGCCUGGCCCUGGGUAGUAUUUGGAGUGAGCCGUGAAGCCCUGAGUGGGCCUGAGAGGAUGUGGUCAACAGAAGGGAAAGAGGUUGCCCUGCCCUGGCUUGGUGAGGGUGAAGUGGGGGGGGGCAGGGCAGGGCAGGGCAAUGCCCACCCACCCUCUGCAUGUGGUAUGUGGCUUUUGGCUCUUUCUGCCCCAGGGAAGUUGAUGAGCUUCUUGGCCAGGAGGUGUUAUUUGCUCAGAGGUCAAAUGAUGGUGGGAGGGAAGGAAGCAGGGCCAAUGGAGGUUUGGGGCAGCUGUCCUAUGUUCCCAACCAUCUUCUUAGAUUGGGGAAGAAUUGAUGAAUGAAGGCCAAAGAAUAAAUAAAAUCUGCUCUCGCCAGGGAGGCUCGCUUGACGCCUUCCCUACACAGCUUUAGGUGCCAGGUAAAAACAUUCCUCUAAGGCCUUUUAAACGGGGGUGGGGUGGGUACUGUUCCGUUUGUUGUUACGUUGUGCAUUUUUAUACUGUAAGCAACUCUGUGAGCUUUGGAUGAUGCGUGGUAUAGGAAUUUAAUAAAGAAAUGAUAAUCUCUGACUCAUUCUUAGC